AUGGACAAUAUGCGAGAAUUGAAGCCUCGAAAGCUGUGGUCCGAAAAGGAAGAUAAUGUGCUGCGAAGUGAGGUGGCCAGACAAGCGGAACAAGGAAAAGCAAAAGACUGGCGAACGAUUGCUGAGAAACUUCCUGGUCGAAGCAAUAAAGACUGCAGAAAACGUUGGAUCAAAUUAGAUGGUCCGGUAAAAAAAGGCCCAUGGAGCCAGGAAGAAGACCAGCGUCUUCAUAAAGCAGUAUUGCUCCAUUCAAACGUCUGGACAGAAGUUGCGCAGGUCGUGGAAUGCGCCAAACGUUGGCUGCAUUUCCUCAAUCCAAGUUUAAAUCAUGGUGAAUGGAGUGAGCAGGAAGAUGCGCGCCUCUUGGCCGCCGUUGAGAGAGGUGGACGCAACUGGAGAAAGAUUGUGGACGAGAUCCUGCAAGGACGAUCAGCCACGGACGCUAAAAACAGUUGGUGGCCAACCGACUCCAUGGAUCUGAUGAGAGAUAUUCUCCAUUAUAAUGUUCCUAUAAGCUCAGCUGAGGCUGAACUUCCGAGUGGUAGUAAUAUCGAUUCACCCCUCAUAGAGCAGCCUAGCCAGGUGCUCGUCUCCCUACCCAAAGAGGCUCCAAUGCACGAAUAUCCACAAAGCUAUGGAAACAUGGGGGAAUCGUCUAGUUGGCAAGUCGGCCCCAGUAGCCAUUCUUAUCAGGAGAAAAUGAACGAUCAUGGAUUCGAGUUUCCGGCAAACUGUGUUCCUGGAUCGUUCGGGAACGGCAAUGAUGGUUGCAUGGGGAUCACUGAUACCUUUUUCGAAGCGCUGACAACUAUGACGGAGAUGGAAGGCGCAGUUGGCUUCCAAACGCCAUCAGACUCUUCGCAUUCAGCGGAAUGCCUUCUAGCAACUCAGGAAACGAAGGGUGCAAUCGGCCAUACCGGAGGAGAAGAACCUGUUAAAGAAGGCGGAGAGGACGACGAAGAAGAAGAGAACGAGUGCAUUCGUGGAGCAUGGAUGGAAAGAAGUGAAGAGUUACUUAUCAAUAAGGAGAUCCUAGGGACAGUUUCGAAGGAAAAUCGCAAAAGCACAAUGAUAUUGCAGCACAUGCAGUCAGACCAGGUUGGACAGGUGUUGGGGUUUCUUUUCUCUUCAAGCUCUGCUGUAGAUGUCAAAAUCAUCAGUGAGGAUUAG